AUGGUGGACAAAACAAGAGUGUACAACUGGUACAUCUGCUUGGUUGCCGCCAUGUGCAUGGUGUUGUACGGAUAUGACGCAUCUGUCUUCAACGCCGCACAGGGUUCACCCAACUGGCUGGCCUGGUUCAACCUCGAUGCCAAGAAAGAUACCUACCUACUGGGCCUUAUAAAUACAGCCUAUACAAUCGGUGCCAUAGUCUCUGGGUUCUUCUUCGGAGGGCCAACGGCGGAUUACUUCGGACGUCGGGUGGGCAUGGGAAUCGGAUGUUUCAUCACCAUAAUUGCCACCUUCCUGCAAGCCUUCGCUCCCAGGCACAACCUCGGCUGCUUCAUCGGUGGCCGUGUCUUGAUCGGUCUCGGUCAGGGUAUGGCCUUGACUGCCGGGCCUGUCUACAUUGGCGAAGUGGCGCCGCCAGAGAUCCGAGGUCAGAUCAUGGCCUUUUGGCAACUAUUCUAUUCCGUCGGAUCUUUCAUCGCCUACUGGAUUGCAUACGCCACCAGUUUGCACAGGUCCCAGCUAGGCGAUUGGGACUGGCGAAUGGUUGUCAUUUUCCAGGUGCUUGUCCCCGUCAUCAUCAUCAUACUGUUGCCAUUCCAGCCCGAGUCGCCCCGUUGGUGGAUCCAGCGCCACAAUAACGUCGAGGAGGCCAAGAAAGCUCUGCGAAAGAUCCGUGCCACUGAGCAGGAGGUCGAGGACGAGGUUCUCGUCAUCCGCGAGGCUAUCGAGUUCGAGAAGGAAGCCAUCAGUUCAUCGUACACGGCCCUCUUCAAGGAUCCCUCGAUUCGCAAGCGUCUCUAUCUCGCCUUUUUCAUCAAUGUUGGCCAACAGCUCUCGGGCCAAGGCACUCUGAACUCUUACUCAACAUCCAUCUACAAGAAGGUCUGGUCCUCGACUCAAACCAUCAACCUCAUCAACGCUCUGAACGCUACUUGCGGUAUCCUCUUCACGCUCAACGCUGUCUGGAUCGCAGACAAGUGGGGUCGACGAUGGCUACUUAUGGUCGGUGCCGCCGGAAUGGCAGUCUGUAUGCUGGUCGUACCCGUCAUUGGCCUCGCCACGCCGGAUAUCGACGGUGCCAAGUCGGAGCCUGUCGGCAUCUCUAUCGUCUUCAUGCUCUUCCUCUUCAUCUUCUUCUACAAGCCGUCCUGGGGCGCCACCGUUUGGAUCUGGACGUCCGAGAUCUUCUCCGUCAACGUCCGCGCCCAAGCCGUCGGCAUGUCUUCCCAAAUGCAGAACGUCGGGAACACCAUCUUCCAGCAAUUCUUCCCGAUCUUUCUAGAAAAUGAGGGGCUCAAGUGUCUCUUUUUCUUCAUGGCAGUCAAUAUCAUUCUUGUCUUCUUCGUCUACUUUUUAAUUCCAGAGACCAAACAGGUGAGCCUGGAAGAGAUUGAUGUCCUGUUCGGAGGCGCCAAUCACGUUGAGAAGGGUGGGCAGAUGUUGGGCGUGCCUGACGCGCACCACGCUACCUUCGGUGUAGACUCCGGCGAGAAACACGAACCCGAGAUUCGUCAAUCUGAGCGCCGGUAUUCUGAGGAGGUCGUAUAA